AUCCAAUCUCAAAUCAGGGAAACGUGAAUCUCACAGAUAAAGAUGAAGCUCUACUUGGUCAUUUUGGCUAUUGCCGCUCUCGGAAACGGUUUGCCCGUCGUAGACGGCGACUUCCAUCAUCCUCAUCCAUCAGGACCUCCGCCUACACCAACAGGAAAACCUGGCCCAAAGCCGACAGGAAAGCUACCGUGGCCCUUGCCCAUCCCGCCCAUCCCGACCAAACUAUCUCUUCCUCGUGAUGCCGUCAACAAACACCCGAGCGAGCCUCCCCUCAACCGGCCUCACCCACCCAAGCCGACUGGCAAACCUCCCGGCGGUCCCAAACCAACAGGGAAGCCAUUCCCGCCUCGAUAGACAUCGCGAUGCCGUCAAAGCUAUUGAGCUCGUGUAGUCAUAUGUAUUAGCGUGCAUACCGUACAAACUUAUGUGAUGGUAUUUUGGGCAGAAGCUUGGACAGAACAGUCUGUCUCUUAACGCGGACAUCGUUGCAUAAGUACAUAGCCCUGGAUUAUCAAUCGUACAUGACUUCAUCAAGC